UUUUUGUCUGGAUAUUUCGCAUAUCUCGGACACAGCAAAAUUGCAAAAAAGGCUUACAAACAAAACUAGCCUUGCCCUUCUUCUCAGUUUUUGAGGGAGGAGGAGGGUGAUUUUCAAAUUUUAUUCCGGAGGAAAGUCCCUGCAUAGGCGACCAUGUACAUUAAACAGGUCAUUAUCCAGGGGUUCCGAAGUUACAGGGAUCAGACUGUGGUUGACCCUUUCAGUCCAAAGCAUAAUGUCAUCGUCGGCAGAAAUGGAUCGGGCAAAAGUAACUUCUUCUAUGCCAUUCAGUUUGUGCUCAGUGAUGAGUUCAGCCACCUCCGUCCAGAGCAGCGACUGGCCCUGCUGCACGAAGGAACUGGCCCACGUGUUAUCUCUGCUUUUGUGGAGAUUAUAUUUGACAAUUCUGACAACAGGCUGCCGAUCGACAAAGAGGAGGUAUCGCUCCGACGUGUCAUCGGAGCCAAGAAGGACCAGUAUUUCUUAGACAAGAAGAUGGUGACUAAGAACGAUGUGAUGAACCUGCUGGAGAGUGCUGGCUUCUCCCGUAGCAACCCCUACUACAUCGUCAAGCAGGGCAAGAUCAACCAGAUGGCGACGGCCCCCGACUCCCAGCGCCUGAAGCUGCUCCGAGAGGUGGCCGGCACCAGAGUCUACGAUGAGCGCAAGGAGGAGAGUAUCUCGCUCAUGAAGGAGACGGAGGGUAAGAGGGAGAAGAUCAACGAGCUGCUGAAGUACAUCGAGGAGCGGCUGCACACACUGGAGGACGAGAAGGAGGAGCUGGCCCAGUACCAGAAGUGGGACAAGCUGCGCCGAGCGCUGGAGUACACCAUCUACAACCAGGAGCUCAACGAGACGCGCGCCAAACUCGACGAGUUGUCCACCAAGAGGGAGACCUGUGGAGACAAGUCCAGGCAGCUGAGAGAUGCCCAGCAGGACGCCAGAGACAAAGUGGAGGAGACGGAGCGUGUGGUGCGCGAGCUGAAGGCGAAGGUGACGGCCAUGAAGGAGGAGAAGGAGCAGCUGAGCUCGGAGCGGCAGGAGCAGAUCAAGCAGCGCACCAAGCUGGAGCUCAAGGCCAAGGACCUGCAGGACGAGCUGGCCGGCAACAGCGAGCAGAGGAAACGACUCCUGAAGGAGCGUCAGAAGCUGCUGGAGAAGAUCGAGGAGAAGCAGAAGGAGCUGCAGGAGACGGAGCCCAAGUUCAACACGGUCAAGGAGCGCGAGGAGAAGGGCAUCGCCAGGUUGGCCCAGGCCACACAGGAGAGGACGGACCUGUACGCCAAGCAGGGCCGUGGCAGCCAGUUCACCUCCAAGGAGGAGAGGGACAAGUGGAUCAAGAAGGAGCUCAAGUCCCUGGACCAGGCCAUCACUGACAAGAAGCGCCAGAUCGCCGCCAUCCACAAAGACCUGGAGGACACCGAGGCCAACAAGGAGAAGAACGUGGAGCAGUACAACAAGUUGGACCAGGAUCUGAACGAAGUGAAGACCCGCGUGGAGGAGUUGGACAAGAAGUACUACGAGGUGAAGAAUCGGAAGGAUGAACUGCAGAGCGAAAGAAACUACUUGUGGAGGGAGGAGAAUGCUGAGCAGCAGGCCCUGGCUGCAAAAAGGGAGGACCUGGAAAAGAAGCAGCAGCUUCUCCGUGCUGCCACCGGCAAGGCCAUCCUGAACGGCAUCGACAGCAUCAACAAGGUGCUGGAGCACUUCCGCCGCAAGGGCAUCAACCAGCACGUCAUCAACGGUUACAACGGCAUCGUCAUGAACAACUUUGAGUGCGAGCCGGCGUUCUACACCUGCGUGGAGGUUACCGCGGGAACAAGGUUGUUCUACCACAUUGUGGAGACGGACGAGGUGAGCACCAAGAUCCUCACGGAGUUCAACAAGAUGAACCUGCCGGGAGAGGUCACCUUCCUGCCCCUCACCAAGCUGGAUGUGCGCGACACCGCCUACCCGGAGACCAACGACGCCAUCCCAAUGAUCAGCAAGCUGCGCUACAGCACCAAGUUUGACAAGGCCUUCAAGCACGUGUUUGGCAAGACGCUCAUCUGCCGCAGCAUGGAGGUGUCUACCCAGCUGGCACGUGCCUUCACCAUGGACUGCAUCACUCUGGAGGGUGACCAGGUGAGCAGCAGAGGUGCGUUGACGGGCGGCUACUACGACACGAGGAAGUCUCGCCUGGAGCUGCAGAAGGACAUGAGGAGAGCCGAGGAGGAGCUGGGCGAGCUGGAGGCCAAACUCAACGAGAACCUGCGCCGGAACAUCGAACGCAUCAACAAUGAGAUCGACCAGCUGAUGAACCAGAUGCAGCAGAUCGAGACCCAGCAGAGGAAGUUCAAGGCGUCACGCGACAGCAUCCUGUCCGAGAUGAAGAUGCUGAAGGAGAAGCGGCAGCAGUCCGAAAAGACCUUCAUGCCAAAGCAACGCAGUCUGCAGAGUCUGGAGGCCAGCCUACACGCCAUGGAGUCCACACGAGAGUCUCUGAAGGCCGAGCUGGGCACCGACCUGCUGGCCCAGCUCAGUCUGGAGGACCAGCGGCGCGUCGACGACCUCAACGACGAGAUCCGCCAGCUGCAGCAGGAUAACAGACAGCUGCUGAAUGAGAGGAUUAAGCUGGAGGGCAUUAUGACCAGGGUGGAGACGUACCUGAAUGAGAACCUGCGCAAGCGCCUGGACCAGGUGGAACAGGAGCUGAAUGAGCUGAGAGAGACCGAGGGAGGCACCGUGCUCACAGCCACCACCUCUGAGCUGGACGGCAUCAACAAGCGCGUAAAGGACACCUUGGCCCGCUCCGAAGACUUGGAUGUCCUGAUUGACAAGACGGAGAUAGACAUCAAGGACCACAUUAAGGGCAACGACCGCUGGAAGAACAUCGAGAAGGAGCAGAACGACGCCAUCAACCACGACACCAAGGAGCUGGAGAAGAUGACCAACCGGCAGGGCAUGCUGCUCAAGAAGAAGGAGGAGUGCAUGAAGAAGAUCCGUGAGCUGGGCUCCCUGCCGCAGGAGGCCUUCGAGAAGUACCAGACACUCACGCUCAAACAGCUCUUCCGUAAGCUGGAGCAGUGCAACACGGAGCUGAAGAAGUACAGCCACGUCAACAAGAAGGCCCUGGACCAGUUUGUGAACUUCUCCGAGCAGAAGGAGAAGCUGAUCAAGCGGCAGGAGGAGCUCGACCGCGGCCACAAGUCCAUCAUGGAGCUCAUGAACGUGCUCGAGCUGCGCAAGUACGAGGCCAUCCAGCUCACCUUCAAACAGGUGUCGAAGAACUUCAGCGAGGUGUUCCAGAAGCUGGUGCCGGGCGGCAAAGCCACGCUGGUGAUGAAGAAGGGCGACGCCGAGGGCAGCCAGUCGCAGGACGAGGGCGAGGGGGGCACCGACAGCGAGAAGGGCACCACCUCCCAGAGCAGUGUGCCCUCGGUCGACCAGUUCACUGGAGUGGGCAUCAGGGUGUCCUUCACAGGGAAAGCGGGGGAGAUGAGGGAGAUGCAGCAGCUCUCUGGAGGUCAGAAGUCUCUGGUGGCUCUGGCCCUCAUCUUUGCCAUCCAGAAGUGCGACCCGGCGCCCUUCUACCUGUUCGACGAGAUUGACCAGGCCCUGGAUGCCCAGCACAGAAAGGCUGUGUCAGACAUGAUCGUGGAGCUGGCCGGCCACGCCCAGUUCAUCACCACCACCUUCAGGCCCGAGUUGCUGGAGUCGGCCGACAAGUUCUACGGCGUCAAGUUCAGAAACAAGGUGAGUCACAUUGACGUGAUCUCAGCAGAGCAAGCCAAGGACUUUGUGGAGGACGACACCACUCACGGAUAAGAGGCCACACUCAGCACUCACUUCCUCCUCUUUCUUGUCCUCUUCUCUAUCCCCCUCUUCAUCAUCCCUCUCUCUCUCUUUCUCUUUCUUU